GCCUUUGAAGAAUAAAUAACAUAAAAAAGACUUAACACCUUAUCUUUCAACUUUUGUUUUAUUUUAUUUGAAUGUGAUAAAUGUUUUCUAAUUUUGUUUAUUUUAGACUGUCAAAUUAUCUAUCCCAUUGACAAUUGAACUAAUUAAACGAGAAGGCAAAUAAAAGGAGUGAGGCGCAAAUGUUGCAUAGAAAGGACAUGCAUGUCUUCAUAUCGCUAUAUGUAUAUGUACAUUCUAAGUGAUUAAUUGAUGUAUAUAAACACAAAGAAUUUUGUCAUUUCUACAAGCGACUACUAAAAUAAGCAUUCUUGUGUAAAUAGUUCAACUAAAUUCACACACACCAAAGAUUUCAUGAAAAUAAAUCAGAUCAAAUCAAAUGGGAUCAAUCUGUCAUUAAUAGAAGACACACAGUGAGUUGUACACAUAUCAGGAAUUCCCUCGCAUUGCAUUUCUAUGUACCUGUAAUCUGCGAGAUUGGCGACAAAAAUCAACCACACACACACAAACACGGAAGAACCGGAGAAUUGUUCAUCCCUUUAUUUUUCCACAGUCUCUUUCAUCGGAGGCAAGGAAAAAGUUCCUCAAUUUCCAAGGAUACAUUCAUAUACAUCUAUACCGACUUUUGAUAAGCAUAUAACCAUCAGUUGAUUUCUGUUGGAUCUGUGGAGUUUCAGAGAAGAAGAUUUGGAAGUUUAGGCAAAUAAAAAAAACAGGAAAAAGAAAUAAACGAAUUCAACUGUGGAGCAGUUAAGGCAAAUUAUUUGUGUAUGGGCUCUUGUGCGUCAACUGGUGUUUCACAAGCUGCAAGUCCGGCAAAAAGUCAACUAUCGAGUGGAAUUCAACCGAGUUCAGCAAUAUUACAAGAAAAUAUGAAUCAGAUAAGUACACGAGGUACAGGAGAUGACGUUGCUGGAGCUGGUGCUGGCGGUGGAUUGGAUGAUAUACCUGUAAGAAGUAUGGCUAAAGAGACAUCAGAAAAAAGUGGGAAUAAUUCCAAGAAUACCACUAAUCUCUUAUCUCCUGCAGAUCUGUCAGAAUAUGGAAUUGGAUUGAAAGAUGUACCCUUAAGGACUGGUGAUAAUAUGACAACAGAUGAAGAAAUCGAUAUAGAAUGUGUCAAUUCAGGUGUAUCACAAUUUUUCUAUAGAAAUUUAACCACUUGUACUUUGGGUCAAUAUGCACAAAUACCAAAUGAUACAGAUAUGUUGAGAUCAGUGAAUACACCGGAAUCAAUAAGAGCAUGUUAUGUAAGAAUGCGUCAGAUUUAUCGAAUGAUUGAAUUAGAUCGUAUAGGCAAGGCAACAUUAUUAAAGAAUAUACAGUAUUGUAUAAACGUUAUGGAAAAUGCGUAUAUAGCUGAGAAACGACGUAUUCGUGAAGAAGAAGAAGACUUAUCUGAAGCUGCUACAGAAUACGUUCCAGAUGAAGUCCGUAAUUGGCUUGCUUCAACAUUUACACGAACUGUACAAAAUGUUGGUAUUGGUGAUCAGAAACCUAGAUUCCGUAGUGUUGCAAAUGCAAUUAGAGCUGGAAUAUUUGUUGAAAGAAUUUAUCGUCGUAUGUCAAGUUGUUCGAAUCUAAUUGUCCCGCCAAAUGUACUUCUCUUCCUCAAGACUGGUCUUGAUACAUGGAAUUUUGAUGUAUUCGGUUUGAAUGAAGCCUCUGAGAAUCAUGCAUUGAAAUUUGUCGCCUAUGAACUAUUACAUAAAUAUAACUUUAUUAAUAAAUUCCAGAUUAAUUCUACUUGCCUUGAAAGUCUUUUAAUUCAACUUGAAACGGGUUAUAGUAAAUACAGUAAUCCAUAUCAUAAUUUGGUCCAUGCAGCUGAUGUCAUGCAAACGUGUCAUAUGAUGAUCUAUAUGAAUGAUCUUAGGCAGAAUUGGUUAAACGAUUUGGACAUAUUCGCUAUGCUAUUCGCCGCUGUAAUACACGAUUAUGAGCAUACAGGGACAACUAAUAAUUUCCAUAUAGCUACACGUUCUGAAUUAGCCUUAAUUUACAAUGAUCGUGGUGUAUUAGAAAAUCAUCAUGUCAGUGCAAUUUUCCGCUUAAUGCAAGAAGAAGAAUUUUCAAUACUCAGUGGACUAGAUGCUGAUCAAUUCAAAGAAUUUCGUCAACUUGUAAUUGAUAUGGUCUUGUGUACGGAUAUGUCGCUUCAUUUUCAACAAAUUAAAAAUAUGAAAAGUAUGAUUUCUAUGCCUGAAAGCAUUGACAAGACAAAAGCAUUAUCCUUGAUUGUACAUUGUGCGGAUAUAUCACAUCCAGCUAAAGAAUGGAAUCUACACGAAAAAUGGUCGGAUAUACUAUGCGAAGAAUUCUUUAGACAAGGUGAUCGAGAACGUGAAUUAAAUCUUCCUAUAUCACCGUUGUGUGAUCGUAAUACAGUUAUUGUGCCUCAAUCACAAAUUGGUUUCAUUGAUUUCAUUGUGGAACCAAGUUUCCAAGUUCUUGGUGAUAUGAUUGAACGUAUUGUUAAUCCACCACAAACUGAAACUAGUGCUCUAUCAGGAGAUACAGCCAACGUGAAACCUAAAACACCUGACCAAGAACCUGUCUUUGAACAAAUAGUUCCACGUCCAUGGUCAGAUCAUUUCAAAGAGAAUAAAGAAGCCUGGUCAAAGAAGCUUCCACCGAAGACAUAAACAAGAAAAAACAGAACGGACCAAUAAGAAUAAGAUGAAAAACAACCUCUGUACAAGAAACAUAUCAAUAUUGUUAUUCUCCUCAUUUCAUAGCCAAAUUAAAAAACGAUUAUCACUACUACUACUAUAACUAACUAUACUACUAAUAGUACUAUUACUACUACUAAUACCACCACUACCAUCAUUCGAUUUACUUAACAUCUCAGAAGAUAAAACUUAUAGUUGAAGGAGGAAUUUUCAUUUUUCUUUCUUCCUUCUUUUUUUUUAAACAAGUUUUCGGGUAAAAUUUACGAAAAUGUUCAAAAAUAAAUAUAUACUACUAAUAUUACUAAUGAGUACUACAUAUACAUAUACAACAAUAUAGUGAAUCUCUGUGUGAUUA